UUGUUUUGACUUUUGCCAACUAGACAAAGUACUGUCAAUGGCAAAAUAAUGCUAUUUAUUUACUGUUUACAUCGGUAUUUCCAUAAUAUUUUGAUGAUAAACGUUUGCCUUUGAUAUGUGGACUUAAUUUCGUGUGUUAAAAAUGUCGUGGCUUAAUCUGAACCAGAGUUUAAGCAGCCUGAAAGGGCAGAUUACGAAUUUUGCUACGGAAGUGUUAUCUGAAGGAUCUGCGCAGGAUACCGAAGCAGAAUCUUCUAGAACUGAAUCUUCAGUUAAGGAACUUGAAGAAAAAUGCAGAAACCAAGAACUUGAGAUUGCAGCAUUGAAAAAACUGAAUGAUGAAUUGCAAACGACAUUGCAAUCUGAGAGAGUCUCACGAAAAAAUGGCCUCAAAGAAGAAGAGUCAAGCUGGUACUGGGACCCGCCUUCACAACCCUCUAGAAGUGAUCACGAAAUCGAACAGCAAUACAAGUUACAAAUACAAGCUUUACAAAGCGAACUAUCCGCCUUAAAAGAUAGGGAUAUUACAGAUCAUGCAGUUGACAACGAAGAAGAAAUAAACAGGCUAAGACAAGAAAACAAAAACCUAACAUGCAGCUUAGAAGACCUGGACAACCAACAUCAAGUAGCCAUGGAAAGACUACUAGCACUAAAGAAAGAACUACAAAAAAACUUCGAAGUCCUCAAACAAGAACACCAAGAUUUAAAAAGUAAUAAUGACGAAUACGCGGGACAAAUAAAAGCAUUACUACAAAAGAUGAGUGAAAGAGAUCAAGAAAUAGAGAGUCUCAAGGUAGCCCACCCUGAUUAUGAUACUUUACUACAUAAGUACCAAAAUUUAGAAAGGAUACAUAGUCUGUUAAGAGAAAAUGCUGAAAAAUUCCAGGAAGAAAACCAGGAAUUGCACGAAGAGGUAUUCAAACUCCAAGAACAAGUUACUAAAUUAGAACACGAUAUAGAAGUUGCUAAUAAACACAACGAAGUGACACACAUGGUCCCAGUAGACAAAUAUGAGCGGUUGUUAAAAGAAUUAAAUGAUUUAAAACACAGACGUAACUCCAGUCAAGUACAUUUAGAUGAAAUCAAUAUAGAUGAUAAUGCUAAAAGUGUAAUAGAAACUCUAAAAAGAGAUAUCAAUGAUCUAAAACGAAAAUUAGCUCAACGUGAUAGCGAACAUCAAGAAACUACUGAAAAUAAAUUAAUAAAACCAGAUAAAAUAAUGCAGUUAUACAACAGAUACGUAAACUUUGAAUUACCUGUAGAUUACGUUGGCGAAAUACCAACGGGAACGGAAAAUGUUAUUAUGCAAAAACUAGAAGGUGUAUUUAAAACUUUGAACUCAUUUAAAAAAGAUGUUGAUGCUCUCGAACACAAACUUUCAGAAAAAAAGCAAACCGUAAAUAAUUUACAAGCACAAGUUGACGAUGUAACUACAGAAAAUGAAUAUUUAACAUCUGAUAUACAACACCUUGAAAGAGAGUUAGAAGAAAUGAAGAAAAACAACGACUUCCUUAUUUCUGAAAUCGCCGUUCUUAAAAAUUUGUCAAAAUUGGAGCCAAUAAUAGAAACUCAUGAAGAUAAUCUUGCAAAAUUAGAAACGGAACUAGCUGACUCCAAUAGAAUGAAUAAAACGUUUGAAUCAGAAAUUAAAAGGAUAGAAAACGAACUGAAAGACGUUCAAAACGAGAAAAAAAUAUUGCAAGAUAGCCUUAAUGAUAUGAAAAAUAAAUAUACUACAAUGCUUAGUGAGUUAAAGAUGUGUAAAGUUCAGACACAAGCAGUGCAUGAGCUGGAAAGCAAUUCGAGUGUUACACAUAACGCUAAAUUGCAGGAAGCAGUAGAUAAAAUAGACAAUUUACAAAAACGCCUACAUUCCGCUAACUCCAAAAAUGAGCAACUUUUAAUAGAUAUACAUAUCAUAGAAAACGAUAAAGUAUUACUUACUAAACAAAUAGAAGACUUAAAACAGGAAAAGCAAACAAUUUGUGGUGAGUAUAAAGAAUUAGAAUCAACAAACAAAACUUUAGACAGCAAGAUACAUGAUCUUGAAAACAAAUUAGAUGAUUCUAUUAAAAAUAAACAAGAUUUAGAUGUCAAAUUAAAAGAUCUUGAGAAUAAACUAGAUCAAGUCACUAACAGAAGUCGUGAAAUUGAAUUUGAAAACAACUCAUUGAAAGAAAUGAAAGAAUCAGUUAUUUCGUCUGUGACUGACAUCGACAAAAUUUCGAAUGAAAAAAUGCAAAUAGCUAAUGAACUCGAUAAAGUCCUGCAGGAAAAUUCAACGCUUAAAGAAAAAAUUGCAUCAUUAACAAAUGACAUUUUAAGCCUUCAGCACCAACAACAAGAGUUAACUAUCGAAACGAAUUUGCUGAGGCAAAAAAAUCUGACUGACGCUCAUAAUACCCAUGAACUUCAUGAAACCAUUAAUAAAUUAAAACUAAAAGCUGAUCAAUACGAUGCCAUUAUUAACGAACUCUUAGCCCUUAAAGAAGAAAACAAAAAACUUGUAGAAAAAAAAUUACAACUAGAAGUUGAACUAUCUUCCACAGAUAAUAAAAUUAUACAGUUAGAAGAAGAAUUUGAGAAACUACUCACUGAACUCAAUGAAAAAGAUUCAAUUAUCGAUAAUCUGAACGUUACAGUAACUAAAAAUAAUAUCGAACUGGAGAACCUGCAUCAAAAUGUAACUGAUCUUGAAAAUAGUGUCCAAAUAAAAAGUCAAGAAAUUGAAAGGUUGGUUAAAACGGUUGACGAAUUGACACAAAAACUUAACAAUACUAGUCUUAGUUCCAACCAAAGUCACGAAGAAUUAAGAAAAUUACUCACAGAAAAGGAAGAAAUUAACAAACAAAUAUAUGGCCUUAAUGACGAAAUUAAUAUCAAAAACACAGAGAUAUCGAAAAUGACGUGUCUUUUGCAGGAAUUAGAAAAAUCUUAUGAAGAAAGUAAAUCACUAAUAGAUAAUAAAGAUAAAGAAAUAAAAGAAUUAAAUCAAUCAAUAGUGGAACUGAGAGAUAAAAUUAAGGCGUCAGAGAACACAACACAACCAAACGAUGAGUACGCGAAAUUGUUAGAAGAGAAACAAGCCAUAGAAAAGAUAACGACAGAACUACAGAACGUCUUAAAUACAAAAGAUAAAGAAUUAUUAGAAACUCAAAAUAGAGUAGUGUUAUUAGAGAAUACAUGCAAAGAAUUCAAAACUGUGAUAGACAAUGCUACUUUAGAAAAAAAUGAAUUAAUUAAUUUGGUGAAUUUAAAACAUAAUGAAAGUAUUCAAUACCACAAUGAAAUACAGAGAUUAAAUCAAGUGAUGAUUGAACAAAAUAAUGAAUUUAAGAGGAUUAUUGAAGAAAAAGAUCUAUUAAUCAAGAAUAAUUCUGAAAGUUGUGCCAACUGUGAAACUAUACGUUUGAGUCUUAAAGAAAAAGAUGAAAUGAUUAUGGCUUUAAAUCAAAAUGUUAGUGAACAUGAAAGGUUAAAAUCGGAAUUAGGUAAUGCAAGUGAAUCAGUAAAAAAUCUAACGAAGAGAUGUGAAGAUCUAGACAAGAGUUUAACGAUACAGUUGGAAACUGUGAAGAAAUUGACAGCGGAAAAUGCACAGUUGUCAGAACAAGAACAAAACUCGACACGGGAGCUAGAACGACUGCGUCACCAUCUCGUGGAGUUGGAGGAGAACUUCACACAGGAGCUGAUGUCUUCGGAACAGAAGCUGACCGAGUGUCAGGCUAGGUUGCACCAGGUUGAGGAACGCGCCAAGCAGACCAGCACUGUGUAUACCAGCAAUAGCAUCCGAGCCAACCAAGAAGUGGAAACGCUGCGGAACCAAAUCAAGCUACUGGAGAAGCAACGCGAAGAAGUGCAAGCGAAGCUGAGUGAAGCGGACGAUGCCAGAAGCAGAAGCGAAGCUGCCCUUACCAACUUACAAGUUGUAUUGGAGCAAUUCCAGUUAGACAAAGAAAGGGACAUCCACAAUGCAACGGAGAAAAUAAGAAACAAAAUGGAGGACGUCAAACGUCAAAACGAGAUGUUACAGCAUGAAAUAGCCCGACUGAACGGCAAGUUGGAAGAGUCAAUAGCCGGGCUGCAAGCUGCCACCAGACUAGGCGACCAGGUUGAGACUAAGACUGCGCAAAUCAACGAUUUGAAGGAACAAGUGCGAGCUCUCCAAGCAACCAUAACCGCGGCGGAAGAGAGGUACUACAACGCGAUAUCCAACCAGCAAGACAAAGUCGACAAGAAUCUAGUCAAGAACCUUGUCGUCAACUACGUUCUGACCGCUAACCGGAGUGAUCUUAACAGGACACAAAUCCUACGCAUCCUCUCAACCGUCCUAGACUUUAACCAGACAGAAUGUGAAAAGCUAGGUCUAGUCAGAUCUGCCAAUUCAGGGGACAGUCUAGCUGCAGAGUUCGUGAAAUUCCUCCAAAACGAAUCCAGACCCCGAGCCGCUUUACCCGACAUGAUGGGGCUGCAAGGUGGGAGGUCAACCCCUGCUAGCUCAAGAAAAAGUUCCACCAUUGGUCCAAACCCAGUCUUCGAAGUCAGCCACAAAAGAAAUCCCUCAACAAGUUCAAGUAAUCUAUUAUUCCAGAAUCUGGAUUCCAUGGAAACCUCAUCCCAAGUUUCCAUAGAGUCCGAAUCCAGAGUAAUUCCAUUAAACACUUUAGACACUGGAAUAAACCAGACCAGAAAUAAUGAGGGGGCCAUUUUGAAACAUGUUUUGAAGGAUAUGUGAUAUUAUUAGUAUCAUAUUCCAGAAACUGACUUCCAUGAAAACCUUAUAACGUAACGUUUUCAUAGAAUUUAGUUUCUGGAAAUGAAUUCCGAUUUAAAGACUAACCACUGGAAUAAACCAGCGAGUCGAUUCCUAAAAACCUGCAUCAAUCAUUAUUACAAUCGCAAUUGCUGUAAUUGGCUGAAUUUAUGCUAUUCUUGUUGCGACAAUGCAUUGUAGCCAAUAGUGAGCGAGCGUCAACCAAUCAGAGGUGAUUGCGAUCGUGAUAUUGUAGCUGUCAUUCUACCGCAAUCGAGCGCCAGAUCAGGAAUAAUGAGGGCGCCAUUUUGAAACUUUUUAUUUAUUUAUUACACAUAUGAACGAAUGACUUGAAAUUUGAAAACCUGGUUACAUUAGUCGAUGACCGAAUACGGGAUGGCCAGCCGAAUACCGGUGACGGAAUAAAUUCGAAUUCAAAAUAUUCAAUUAGACUUUUACAAGCACUUUUGAGUCGCCAAGAGCAUCGAGCAUCUACUACUGGUUCGGAGUGCCUUUCCUACCGAGAAGAGCCAGCAAGAAACUCGGCGGUUGCUCUUUUCAAAGAUUUGAUAUACAAUACUGGCUACAACCGAAUCAAUCAAAGCCAAAUGAUUAUAUGGUAAAUGAGCCAUAAUGCGCAAAGCGCUAGGUAUUCACCAAAAAAAAAAAAUGCUGUAUAUAUUUUUCUUGAUAAUAAUCCAAGUGUAUAAUGUAUUGCAAAUAAAAUAAUAUACCUAAUCUUUACAAUAAUAUUACAAUUAUUUAGAUAAAUAAUUUUUAUUGCAUUUCUAGAUAUUAUUUUAAAUUUAUUUUCACUAGAGAAUAAUUUUGAUGUUAUGUGUGAUUUUUAAUGAAAUAUAAUGAAAAUUAAUUUUUAAGGAUUUUUUGAGAUUUUUUCCUUUCUUAUACCCCUAGCACAAGUCAUUAAAGUUUUCUAAAACGAAAGUAGUUGACGAUUAUUGUAAUAUAAUAUUAUAUCCAUACAUCUUCGGAAGAAAAAUUAACAGAGAAUUACCAUUCAAAGCUCUACCAUUCACUAGAGACAAUUUUAUGAAAUAAUGCAUGUAAUUAUUUAAAAAAAAAUUGUUCUACCCCCAUCAAUCAAAUCCAUACCCCCACCCCAUAAAUCAAAGUCGAUAUUUUAGACUUAAUUAUUACGUUUUAAUGUUAUUUUUGUUUGACUUCUGCAGCUUUUAUUAAAUAAAAAUAUUUUCUUUGUAAAUUUGUAAAUUACUGACUUAUCUCGUCCGCUUAUUGUAUCAUAUUAUCAAUGUAACAUGUUCAAAUUUAUUGUGAUUAAUUAUAUUAAUAAUGAAAUAAAUAAUUGUUAUUAUUAGUAUUGUAUAAUUAUUACUAACUAAGAAUGUAAUAAGUACUUGCUUUAAAAUAAAGUUUUUAUUUAGAAAAGUAAA